AUGGCCACCGCAAUUCGAACUCCGUUCUUCACUCCCACCGCCACCACCGCCGCACAAAAUCAGCCUCUCCUCCGUCUCCAAUUCCCCCCUUCCUCUAAACGACGCAACUCUUUUCCCAGCUUCUCCAUUUCCUGCUCCUCUCAAUCUCAAUCUCAACCCCAAUCCCAACCCGAACCCGAACCCCUUCGCCAGCGUCCUCCCUACAUCCCCAACCACAUCCCUGACCCCUCCUAUGUCCGCAUCUUCGACACCACUCUCCGUGACGGCGAACAGUCCCCGGGAGCCUCCAUGACUUCCAAGGAAAAACUUGACAUUGCUCGCCAGCUUGCCAAACUCGGUGUAGACAUUAUCGAGGCUGGAUUUCCCGCAGCAUCUAUAGACGACUUCGAAGCUGUCAAAAUGAUUGCCACUGAAGUCGGAAACGCUGUAGAUGAAAACGGUUAUGUCCCUGUCAUUUGUGGUCUCUCCAGAUGUAAUGAGAAGGAUAUUCAAAGGGCCUGGGAUGCAGUUAAACAUGCAAAGAGACCAAGGAUUCACACUUUCAUUGCUACCAGCUCUAUUCAUAUGGAGUAUAAACUUAGAAUGACCAGAGAACAGGUCAUCCAAAAAGCUCGCAGUAUGGUUGCUUUCGCCCGUAGUUUAGGCUGUCAAGAUGUCGAGUUCAGUCCCGAAGAUGCUGGAAGGUCGGAUAGGGAAUUUCUAUAUCAAAUUCUUGGAGAGGUUAUUAAGGCAGGGGCUACUACACUCAACAUACCUGACACGGUUGGAAUAACCAUGCCAAGUGAAUUCGGGAAACUGAUUGCUGAUAUAAAAGCGAAUACACCCGGAGUUGAGAAUGUUAUUAUCUCCACUCACUGUCAGAAUGAUCUUGGACUUUCUACUGCCAACACCAUCGAGGGUGCACGAGCGGGUGCUAGGCAGCUGGAAGUCACCAUUAAUGGGAUUGGUGAAAGGGCUGGAAAUGCCUCCUUGGAAGAGGUUGUGAUGGCCCUGAAAUGCGGAGGACACAUCUUCAACAAUCUCCACACUGGAAUCAAUACAAGGCACAUUUAUUUGACAAGCAGAAUGGUUGAAGAGUACUCUGGUUUGCAGUUACAACCACACAAGGCUCUUGUGGGAGCUAAUGCUUUUGCUCAUGAAAGUGGCAUACAUCAGGAUGGAAUGCUUAAACACAAAGGUACAUAUGAAAUCAUAUCUCCAGAGGAUAUUGGGCUUGAAAGAACCAAUGAAGCUGGUAUUGUAUUGGGGAAACUUAGCGGACGCCAUGCUCUGAGAAAGCGACUUGAAGAGCUUGGAUACGAACUUAAAGAGGACCAAGUCGAGAGUUUGUUUUGGCGUUUCAAAGCUGUGGCUGAGCAAAAGAAGAGGAUUACUGAUGCUGAUCUCAGAGCAUUGGUAUCAGAUGAAGUUUUUCAGGCAGAGCCUAUCUGGAAGCUUGCUGAUAUACAGGUGACUUGUGGAACUCUUGGUCUCUCAACAGCGACGGUCAAACUUGUUGGCGAUGACGGUAGCGCGCACGUUGCUUGUUCUGUUGGUACUGGACCUGUGGAUUCAGCAUACAAAGCUAUUGAUCUGAUUGUGAAGGAACCAGCAACUCUUCUUGAGUACUCCAUGGUCGCAGUUACUGAAGGCAUUGAUGCAAUUGCCACUACCCGAGUUUUAAUUCGGGGGGACAGCAAUCAGACAGCUACUCACGCGUUAACUGGAGAAAGUGUUCAGCGAACUUUUAGUGGGACGGGCGCAGGAAUGGAUGUUGUUGUUUCCAGUGUGAAGGCUUAUAUUGGUGCAAUAAACAAGAUGCUGAGCUUCAAGGAAACACCAUCUGCUGAAAAAAUCCCUGUCAAUGCAUCAAAUGUUUCAUAA